AUGAAGAAGUUCAGGCCUGGGUGGGUGGAGCCAGCGUUACGGUGCCCGCCGCACUCGCACUAUGAGCUGUGCGGCCCGUGCUGCCCAGCCACGUGCGCGGGCAGCGAGAGCCGCUCUGGCCGCGGCGCCUGCGGGAGCCGCUGCUGUGAGGGCUGCGUGUGCGACACGGGCUUCUUGCUAAGCGGCGCCGCCUGCGUGCCUGCGGCCAAGUGCGGCUGCUUUCGCGCCGGCCGCUACCGAGCUCUAGGCGCUGUCUGGUACCCGGGGCCAGGCUGCGUACGCCGCUGCCGCUGCCGCCCGGGCGGCGUGGUGACGUGCGCGCCACGGCCGUGCGGGCGCGGGCGAGUGUGCGGCCUGCGCGGGGGCGUGCGCCGCUGCCUGCCCGACGGCCGAGGCAGCUGCGCCCUCGCCGGGACCGCGCACGUGCUCGCCUUCGACGGCCGCACGCACACGCUGCCCCCGCCCGCGCCCUUCUCUCCUGAGAGCUGCCUGCAAGUGCUCGCCCGUACCCCACGCCGGGGUCCAUGUUCCUUCAGCCUGGACGUGGCCCGCGAUGGGGCCGGGCUACUCAGUCUGCACCUCAACCUCUCCGGGCACCACCUGCAGCUAGACCGCGCAGUUGUCGGCUUCAUCACGGUGGAUGGUGAACACUGCCGGCUGCCCUGGGUACUGCCGGGGGGCAGGGCCUGGGCCACGUUGGAGGGCCGCCACGUGGUGGUGCACACUGCCUGUGGGCUGCAUAUCAUGUAUGACUGGGGCAGCCAGGUGCGCCUAACUGUGCCUUCCACCUUCCACGGCCAGCUGGUGGGGCUCUGUGGGGCCUUUGGUGGCCAAGUUGGCCCCCUUGAUCUGCCUCUAGACACAAGAUCCUGGUCCAGGGGCCUGGUCACUAACCCCUGCCCACUGCCCCAGCCCAGUCUUGGCUUUAGCAUCAGCUGCCCCACACAACUUGCCCAGAUCUUCAAUGCUCCCAAACUGUGUAGACUCCUACAGGCACCAGAUGGUCCCUUUGGCCGCUGCCUGGGCCAUAUCAGCCCCAAGGCUUUCCUCAGGAUAUGCCUGCAAGAUGUAUGUCAUACCCAUGGUCAGGACCUUGGUCUCUGUGAUGCCCUCACAGCAUAUACUGCCGCCUGUCAGGAAGCUGGCAUCCCUGUGAAGCUUUGGAGGGGACCCAAGCUUUGCCCUCUGACUUGUCCGCCUCGGAGCCACUACAGCAUCUGCACACGGACCUGUGAUGGGGGCUGUGUCCAGCCUACCAGCCCUGCUCACUGUUCUACCCAAUGCUAUGAGGGCUGUGAGUGUGACCCUGGAUUCAUUUUUGACGGCACAGACUGUGUGUCUCAGGACCACUGCGGCUGCUUUCACAGUGGACGCUACAUCCCUGUUGGGGAGGCACUGAUCCUGCCUGGCUGCCAGGAACGCUGUAUAUGCUUGCAUGGUCAAGGCCUCCAGUGCCAGCCCUUUUCCUGCCCACAGGGCACAGACUGCAUCCUGGAUGGGGGUGUGCGGUGGUGUGAGCCCAGGGAGGGUGCUACAUGUCACCUAGUGCCCGGGGGCCUCUUCACCACCUUUGAUGGCUUCAGUGGGCUCACACCCAUUCCUGUUAUGUCCUGUGCCUAUGAGCUAGCCACAUUGGUGGGUUCCAGGCCCCAGGAUCCUGACUGGUUCCAUGUCAUUGCUGACUUCCUGCCCUGUCCUAGCUGCACUGCUCUCAAACCACGAGUGAUCAUCGGCUUCAGGGAUGGCUGUGCAGCUGUGGGAACCAAUCAGGAAAUAUGGGUGAAUGGACAACCCGCCAGCCUCCCGGCGCAAGUGUGCAGGGGCGUGGUCGUACGCUGGGCUGAGGGCUCCCGAGUUGUUAUCAUCGAGCGGUCCCCCAUGCUGCGGGUGCUGGUGGGGCCCGAGGGGGCUGUGUCCCUACGGGCCUCCCCCGCGCUACGAGGACGCCUCCGGGCAGCCUGCGGGAACUACAACGGAAUUGCAGCCGACGACCUGAUACUCCCAGGAGGACUCCGGGAUGCCAGCCUAGUCGACGUGUUCCAGGCGUGCCGGGUUCGGGGCUUCAAUAACUGCACGGAGAAGCUUGUUAUUCCAGCCGUGACCCAACACUUCACCGUCUGACGCCGUACCUCAGCGUGUGCCCAGGGCUGGGACUCGUCCACCCCCCCACUCCCCCACCCUCGACGCACACCUGCCCUGGGGAUGGGAACCCACGGACCUUCCUGAGACUGUUUUAAUAAAUAAUUUAUGACCAAAA